AUAUCCAAACAAAACUCAUUACAAAAGGGGGAAAAAACAAAGAGAGAAAAAGAAAAAAAAGCACACCUGUGCUUGUGCUUUGGGGACUGGACUGCAAGCGCAAGCUUGGUCUCGCAACUCUCAAAGCAAAGUAAAAAGAAUUCCUCAAUUCUGUUUAUUACCACCACCUCCUUCAAAACCCCAAAGCCACGUACUUUGCCGUUCUCAUCAUCACAAUCACCCUCACCACCAGUUCAAGAACCAUCUUCUUCUUCUUCUUCUUCUUCUCUUCUAGUUAGCUCAUACUUUGUUUGGUCUGUUUGGACAACUUCAGUCUUUUCUGCACAUUCAAAAGACUUGAUCUGUAGUUUUGGGUGAUUCAAAUAGUAACCAAAGAUGAUUUCUUUACUAGAUUUCUACCAUGUAAUGACUGCAAUGGUGCCACUUUACGUAGCCAUGAUCUUAGCCUACGGCUCGGUGAAAUGGUGGAAGAUCUUCACUCCUGAUCAGUGCUCAGGCAUAAACCGUUUUGUGGCUCUUUUUGCAGUCCCUCUCCUCUCUUUCCACUUCAUAUCUACCAAUGAUCCUUAUAAUAUGAACCUUCGUUUCAUAACUGCUGAUUCUCUACAAAAGAUCAUAGUUUUGGUAGUAUUAGCACUUUGGACUAAGUUGAGUAAAAGGGGUUGCUUGGAAUGGACCAUUACAUUGUUCUCGCUUUCAACCCUGCCGAACACUCUUGUUAUGGGCAUUCCUUUGCUCAAAGGAAUGUAUGGUGAUUAUUCUGGUAGUUUAAUGGUGCAAGUUGUUGUCCUUCAAUGUAUCAUUUGGUACACUUUGAUGCUGUUUAUGUUCGAAUAUAGGGGUGCUAAAUUGCUCAUCUCUGAGCAAUUCCCAGACACUGCUGGUUCCAUUGUGUCAAUCCAUGUUGAUUCUGAUAUCAUGUCACUUGAUGGUAGACAGCCUCUAGAAACCGAAGCAGCGAUCAAAGAAGAUGGAAAGCUACAUGUCACUGUUAGGAAAUCCAAUGCUUCAAGAUCAGAUAUCUUCUCAAGAAGGUCUCAAGGUCUGUCAUCAACAACACCAAGGCCAUCAAAUCUCACAAAUGCAGAGAUUUACUCUUUACAAUCAUCAAGAAACCCCACUCCAAGAGGGUCUAGCUUCAACCAUACAGAUUUCUACUCGAUGAUGGCUGCUGGUAGAAACUCAAAUUUUGGUGCUUCAGAUGUUUAUGGACUAUCAGCGUCGAGGGGACCGACACCACGGCCAUCAAAUUUUGAAGAAGAACAUGGUGGAAGUAACAAACCAAGGUUCCACCAUUACCACGCGCCAGGUGGUGCAACUCAUUAUCCAGCACCAAACCCUGGCAUGUUCUCUCCAACAACUGCUGCAUCUAAAGGUGUUUCUGCCAAUGCUAAUAAUGCUACUGCUGCUGCAAAGAAGCCUAAUGGCCAGGCCCAACAGAAAGCUGAAGAUGGUAGGGACCUUCAUAUGUUUGUUUGGAGUUCAAGCGCUUCUCCUGUUUCAGAUGUUUUUGGUGGUCAUGAUUAUGGCGCCCAUGACCUGAAAGAUGUUAGAGUUGCUGUAUCCCCUGGAAAAGUUUCAGUAGAGGGACAGAGAGAAAACCAGGAGGACUAUAAUUUGGAGAGAGAUGAUUUUAGCUUUGGAAAUAGAGGGUUGGACAGAGAAAGGAAUAGCCAUGAAGGCGAGAAAGUCGGUUUUGAUGGGAAACCAAAACCAAUGCCUCCAACAAGUGUCAUGACAAGGCUUAUACUAAUCAUGGUCUGGAGAAAACUUAUCAGAAACCCCAACACUUAUUCCAGCUUAAUUGGUCUCAUUUGGUCUUUAGUUUCUUUCAGGUGGAAUGUAAAGAUGCCACUCAUUAUAGCAAAGUCCAUUUCCAUUCUGUCAGAUGCAGGGCUUGGCAUGGCAAUGUUCAGUCUUGGUCUGUUCAUGGCUUUGCAACCAAGGAUCAUAGCAUGUGGAAAUUCCAUUGCAGCUUUUUCAAUGGCUGUGAGAUUCCUUACAGGUCCAGCUAUCAUGGCAGCUGCUUCUAUUGCUGUUGGUAUUAGAGGCACGCUCUUACACAUCGCCAUUGUUCAGGCAGCUCUACCACAAGGAAUAGUCCCCUUUGUCUUUGCCAAGGAGUACAACGUGCAUCCUGAAAUUCUCAGCACAGGUGUCAUAUUUGGGAUGCUGAUUGCAUUGCCCAUAACUCUUGUGUACUACAUUUUGUUGGGGCUAUGAAGCGGAAAGAAAAACACCUAUGAUAUUGGAAUCCAUGCAGACCCUAAUUAGGCUACUAGCUAGCGCAUGGAAAAGUUGGAAAUCAAAAUUUAAAAGGACAGAGAAAAGCAGCAGCCAUGGUGAAUCUUUCUAGUGAAAUGUCUUCUUUUGCCUAGCGAAGUUGUAAAAUCGAUGUUUGUAGUCAAAUUAUCAAAGGAAAAAAAAUGUUUCCCUAGUUAACUAGCUUUCCUUUCAAUUAUAUUACCAGAUGUUUUAUGCUACAAAGUGCAAAACAAAUUACAGAUGAAGAGAAGGGAAUUGGUAGUGUUUGUUUUGAUAUUA